AUGGGCAGGAGACCAGGUAGGCUUGGGGGCAUGGCCCCCAUUGAUACACUAUCUUCGUCAAUGAGCCGAAGAGACCCCGUUCCUACGCGUUACACUUCACAUCGCAAGGAUCCUAAGGUCAUCCAGGAGCUGAAUAGAGCGUCAGUACGCGAUUUUAUGCCCGAUGUCUCGGCCAACUCAAGCCUUCGUGCUUCUCAGGCCCACGAGUCAGGAGAUAGAUCGCCCAUAGAAAGCCCUGUGACAAUCGAGAGCGAUGCGCCGGUGCAUACGACUCCGGCCAGAAAGCGACAAAAAAUAUCCGCUAGCCUGAUCCUGAGUUCUCCAGAAAUUAGUUCCGAUGCGGCGCCAGGAGCGCAAGUCUGUAAAUCCAGCGGCAUGGUGCGCGUGGUGAUCCGAACUGGCAAAGAAAUAGUAAAAUCAAAUUCGGUGCUCAAGAUUGUGAACGACGACGAAGGUGUCAGAUUUAGCAUACGGUGGAAGGGUGCCGACAUAGAGGGCUCUCAAGUGGAUUUUCUGCGAGACUGCGAAAAAGUUUACUUUGACGCCCUCAAGAGCCAUAUGGGUGUUUUACUGAAACACUCGCGCUGCGUAGACCUAGACGACACCUGCAAAACAGAAAAAACAAAAAUUCUUCUUUGGAGCAGCAAUGUAGGAGCUGACGUGAACCUCAUCCGCCUCAAGGAGGUUAUCAAAAACAGUAUGAUCGACUCUGCAGUACUCUCAAAUCGGCUAGCUAUUUUAGGCACUAUGAAGCAAGCCGUAGCACGCCAAGAGUUGGAAGCUUUUUCUAAGCGCAGGUUUUGGGAAAAGCCAGAGUUUCAGUCGCUUGGAAAGCGCCACUCGAAGUCAUCGAAGUCCAGCUCAGGCAGCUCGGGAUUCAAGAUUACAGUUCCUCAUGAGACAGAGCCGGACAAGGACGAUAAAGCCAGUCAUAAUACCAUACCUUCGACGCAAUUUUAUACAGACGGCAAUACUGGGUCACCUCCUCAAUCGAGCAACUCAUUGAGAGAACAUACAUUAUCGAGUUUGAGGCGCUCCACAAGGACGACCAAAGCCUCCAGUCCAGAUGGCACUUCGUUCGAUGAUUCCUGUACAGUCUACGAAAAACCUGAAGUUUUCAAGCCCUCUUUGUUCUAUAAAUUCGAUGACAACACUACUUUAUCAGUCACUAAUCAAGACUUCAAGUGUCUCUACAAUCACGAUUGGAUUAACGACUCCAUUUUAGACUUCUUUGUGAAAUAUUGGACGGAAGAUUCAAUUAGGCGGGGAACUAUAGUUCGGGAAAAAGUACAUGUUUUGUCGUCUUUCUUCUACACGAAGUUGAUCAGCAACGCCGACAACUAUUAUAAUAAUGUCAAGAAGUGGGUAAAUCACACUGGUCUCUUCAAAAAGCAAUAUCUCGUGAUGCCUAUUAAUAUAAACUAUCAUUGGUUUGGAUGCAUAAUUGAGAACCUCCCGUCUCUGUUCUCCUUCCUUAAAAGAGAGCGCGAGUUCAAGGAAAAGCACCAAAAAAGCGCUGAUGGUGAUGACAUUGAAAAUUCAGACGAUCUGUCGGUCACUUCGCCCAUUGUUACAAUACUUGUCUAUGACUCCCUUCGACAGACCCACUCUCGUGAAGUGGAACCCAUCAAGGAGUUCUUAAUUGCGUAUGCUGCAGACAAAUAUGGUCUGGAAGUGUCAAGAAAUCAGAUAAAAAUGAAGAGCUGUCUCGUUCCACAACAGCCAAAUAUGAGCGACUGUGGGGUGCACGUUAUUCUUAACACUAGAAAGUUUUUUGAGAAUCCAACGAAGACUUUUGAGCUAUGGAAGUCGGCCAAGUCAAAAAACAAAACUGCAUCCAAAGUCAUCAAUGAGUAUUUCGAGAAGAAGGAAAGAAUAAAUGCGCGUCCGGAUCUACGAAGCGUUCUUUGGAAGCUGCAGGAGAAGCAAAUUGAGUUCAAUAAGCUAAAUGGCGUUACUGAAACCAGCGAAGAUGACGGAAUCAAAAGUGAUGGAGAGCACAGUGAUAUUGAAAUAAUUGAGAAUUAUGAACAACCAGCUACGAGACCAGAGCAGACUUCUGGGCAAAUAAACGAGGAGCUUUCAAAGCCUAAUGAGGGCCAGUAUAGUACUCCCGAAAUUCCCGAAAGUAAAGAUCAACUCUGUGCUUCUUCGAAGAAGGAUGCUCCUACUUUAAACUCUGAGUUACCAAAAACUGACAUGAUCACAGGACCUGAAACUUCAGCAGGUGGUGUUGAAGGCGAAUCAAAGGCCUACAAAAGUCAGGACAGGAGGUUUCUCGAAAGCUCGCCAGAACUAUUGCCAGCAAAAUUAUCAGAAGCGUCAUCGGAACAUCCAGCCCAGGAUAAAGGUUCGGUUUCUAAGUACUUUGCCAAGGCAAAAUCCAAGCAUGGUACUCAAGAGACUCGUGACGACAUCGAGGCUUCGGCCUUAGGACUGGACUCUACAAGCGGCGCAUCUUAUAACGUGAUACUUAAACAUAAGGAUGCUCCAGAUCCGGACAAGAUAACAUGCGGGACGGGAACCCUCGAAAAUGACGAAGACAGGGAUCUUAGAGCACCCAGUCAAGGGUCUAAAGUCCUCGGUUCACCUUCGUCAACAAAUGGCAUUGCCAUUUUGGGUUCACAGGCUUACGAGGAGAAUAAAGGAAACGGGGGACUCACCAGCUCCCCUGACUGCAACUCCGACGAUGAUGUGAGACUGGUGAGUACAAACUCUGCAGGAUCUUUAGAUCUAUCAGGUCAGCAUUCUUCACAAGGAAGCUUUAUAAAGCAGCUUUCGCCUGUAAGGAAAUUUCAAGCUGCUAUGUCUAAAUACAGUGGUGCAGCGGAUGAAGAGGUCUCGGACCGUACUGACUCAAUUCAUCAGUCACCGCACUUAAAAGCCUUGGAUGCACCGCUGUCUCGCAGAAGCGUUAUCCAAGACCAAGUACAGGACAUCGAUGAUGGACUCUCAACAAAAAAGUUCGCUAUUGACGUUGACCGUAGCGGAAGCGAAGAAAGUUGCGAUGGCGAACAAGAAAGCUCAACCAGAAGAUCCGGUGUGCAUAAGUUUAGGAACUCGCUUGGAUGCUCACCAAAACUUGAACAUCUUGGAAAACCAGGAAAGGGUUAG